AUGCCACCACACGGACAUCAUCACGAUCAUCAUGGUCCACCAGGACCACCACCUCAUCAUCAUGGUCCACCGGGACCACCGCCACAUCAUCAUGGACCACCAGGACCACCACCGCAUCAUCACGGACCGCCUCAUCACCAUCAUGGGCCGCCUCAUCACCAUCAUGGGCCGCCUCAUCAUCAUCAUGGACCGCCACAUCACCAUGGACCACCGCACUAUGGCUGUUGUCCCCGCGUUAUUUGUUGUGCUAUAGUGUAG